AUGUCGGGCAAAAGCUCCGUGUCGUCGCUUGACUCAAAGCAGCCGGCUGUUACAAUUGUUCAACAGACGUCAAUCCCCACCCAAAAUUACGAUGGAACAAGUGGGGUGUUGGCUGCUGGUGGCUCACUGGAGUUCUAUGAACCCAUACCGGAGUACGAAGGGAGACAUCGAUAUGACCCACUUGCCGAAUGGACGGAAAAGGAAGAGAAGCAACUAGUCCGAAGGCUCGAUUACAGGAUCUGCUCAUGGGUUUGUCUGAUGUUCUUUGCCCUUCAGCUGGAUCGGGGAAAUAUCGGACAAGCUCUAUCCGACGGAAUGCUUGAUGACCUCGGAUUAUCAACUAACCAGUAUAACUAUGGAAUGACGAUAUUCUAUCUUUGCUUCCUGUGCGCAGAAGUGCCAUCGCAAAUGAUCUCGAAAAAGCUUGGCCCCGACGUAUGGAUUCCAAUUCAAAUGGUCCUUUGGAGUGUAGUCGGGAUCUGCCAGGGCCUAGUCAGCGGCGAGCACAGCUUCUAUGCUACUCGGGCGCUCCUUGGUCUGAUUGAAGGUGGCUUCAUUCCCGACGCGCUCCUUUAUCUUUCCUACUUCUACACGAAUAAGGAGUUGCCCAUGCGGGUCGCCUUCUUCUACUGUUGCUCCAACGGUACAGCUAUCGUCGCAGCGUUCUUGGCAUUUGGAAUUCUGCGCAUGCGAUCCAUAGGCGACUGGGAAGGCUGGAGGUGGUUGUUUGUUCUCGAAGGCGUUUUAACUCUGCUUAUUGGUGUUAUCUCUUGGUUUUAUCUACCCCCGGGUCCAACUCAGACUGCAAGCCGGUUCCGAGGAAAGGAUGGUUGGUUCUCAGAAAGGGAAGAAGUCAUCAUGGUUAAUCGAGUCCUGCGGGAUGAUCCUGGAAAGGGUGGCAUGCAUAAUCGUCAAGGUCUAACACCAAAGCUUCUAUGGGACGCUCUAAUGGACUACGACCUUUGGCCAAUGUAUCUUAUCAGCCUCACGCUGCUGGUUCCUACCAAUCCUGAAUCAGCAUACCUGACCCUCUUUUUAAAGUCACUUGGCUUUGAUACAUUUGAGGUUAAUCUUCUGACCAUUCCUGCAACUGUGUUAUUCUUGAUCCAACUGAUCUUCUGGUCUUGGAUCUCCGAGAAAAUCAACAACCGCAUGGCUAUUGUGCUGUUUUAUUCUUUCUGGGUUUUCCCUCUUUUGAUGGCACUCGAGCUGAUGCCCGCAACGGCAAGUCCUUGGAGCUGGUACGCAGUUACAGUGCUGGUCAUUGGUUUCCCCUACGUCCAUUCUAUCAACGUCAGCUUGAUCUCGCGGAAUGCUGGUUCUGUGCGCACGCGCACUGUGGGAAGCGCAGUAUAUAACAUGAUUUGUCAAGCAGGUGCUAUCAUUUCUUCCAACAUCUACCGAACGGAUGAUAAACCCUACUACCGCAAGGGAAACAAGAUUCUUCUUGCAAUUGUGGCAUGGAACGUUGUGGUCACCAUCUUCAUUAAGUUCUACUAUAUACGGAGAAACAAGACACGUGAACAGGUUUGGAAUGCUAUGGGCCCCGAGCAGAAACACCAUUACCUGAGCACAACGAAAGAUGAGGGCAACAAAAGAUUGGACUUCCGAUUUGCCCACUAG